UUGCUGUCAUGUAUGAUGGAACAUGGCAGAAAAGAGGACAUAAAAGCCAUAAUGGAAUAGGCACUGCUGUGUCUGUGGACACUGGUUUGUGCCUAGAUUUUGAGGUGCUCUCCAACUACUGCCUUGCAUGUAGCCGACACCAAGACCUUGGUACGGAGGAGGAAAUAUGGCAGGCAUUUCACAGUCCCGUUUGUGAAAAAAACACAGAGUGCUCCUCUCAUGCUAUGGAGACUGAGGCAGCUUUGCGUAUAUGGAGGAGGACGCCUUCAUACGCGACACCAUUGCGCCUCACCAAGUUUCUCAGUGAUGGGGAUAGCAAAGCGUACACCGCUGUUGCUGAGGCCAAGGUGUAUGGUGAACUAGUUGUGGACAAGGAAGAAUGCACGAAUCACGUAGCCAAGCGUCUAGGCACUGCACUUAGGAAGCUUCCAACACGACUUCCACGUGGAGAGAAGUUGAAAGAUGGCACAAUUCAGAAGCUGCAGAACUAUUAUCGUAUUGCUAUAACCACCAAUAGGGGUGAUCUCCUGAAGAUGUAUCGUGCUAUCUGGGCCUCGUACUUUCACUCGUCAUCCAGCAACACCGCAGGAAGCCACAGAUACUGUCCAGAAGGGGCGACUUCCUGGUGUAAACACAGGCGAGCUGAAGCUCUCGGGGAGCCUACACCAGAUCACACCCCAAUCCUCACGAAGGCUCAGGGGUUGGCCGUGCUUCCUAUAUACAAGCGCCUCACGGAUGAAAAACUGUUGGUUCGCUGUCUACAAGGAAAGACGCAAAAUGCUGCAGAAUCUUUGAACAGCAAAAUCUGGCUUCUUUGUCCGAAGACCAAGUUUGCAUCUCGGACAGCGGUAGAAACUGCAGCCGCAAUGGCUGUGUUAUGGUUCAACAAAGGACAUUCAAGCUUUGAACACGUCCUUCAAGAGCUUGGUGUACUGCCACCUGACGAACUCAUCACCUUGGGCCAAUCCCGUGACCACAGAAGAGUUCAAAGAAUGUCUGCAUGCGAGACAGCUGAGGCAAGGGCUCAUCGUCGCCACGUGGCAAAGAGAGCGCGCCUUGACGACGCCAUUCUCCAGUGCCGAGAAGGACAAACCUAUGGUUCUGGAUGUUUUUAA